AUGGCACCCAAGGUUUUCUUCAUCACCGGCACGAGCACGGGUUUCGGCGCCGAACUUGUGAAGAAAUGUUUGGCAGAGGGCGACAAAGUCGUCGCUACUGCUCGCAAUUCCUCGAAGUUGAAGUUCGAUGGCACGACCAAGGACAACUUUCUCGCUGUGGACCUCGAUGUUACUGAUCAAGGGUAAGAACAUCUGUGGACAUUGGACGCAUCAGAACUAAUCCGAUGCCACCUCUCACAGAUCGGUCGACAAAGCCUUCGACGACGCUCUCAAGCAAUUCAGUCGCAUCGAUGUCGUAGUCAACAACGCCGGCUACGGCCUGAGCGGCGAGUUCGAAUCCGUCUCCGAAGCACAAGCCCGCAAGCAAAUGGAAGUCAACUUCUUCGGCCUCUUGCACGUUACCCGCCGCGCCAUGAAACUCAUGCGUGAGGUCAACGAACCUCAGGGAGGUCUCAUUCAGCAGGUCACGUCGAUCGGUGGACAGCGCGGUGUGCCAUUGUUUUCCAUCUACUGUGCCUCCAAAUGGGCGGUCGAGGGCUUCACGGAAGUCAUCAGCAAGGAGGUGAAGCCGGAAUGGAAUAUCAAAUUCACUUGCAUUGAACCUGGUGGUUUCCGGACGGAUUGGGCGGGUAGGAGUAUGGAAUUCGGUGAGCAAAAGGAGGCUGCGUAUGAUCAUUUGGACGCGAAGGACACUAUGGGUAAGAGGAAUGGAACACAGGCUGGUGAUCCUCCAAAGGUAAGUGCAGCGAUACGGUGUAGGGAAGUUGUCGUGUGCUGAUUGUGUUUGUCUUGCAGGCCGCACGAGCAAUGUGGGAGCUCGCAAAGAUGGACGAUCCUCCGCUUCGUGUCGUUCUCGGAAGCGAUGCAUACAAGGCAAUCAACGGCAAGAUCAAGGAGUACUCUGAGCUGUAUCCUAAGUAUGAGAAGCUGUCUAACAGCUGCGAUGUCGACGAAUAG